CCCUCAGGCGGGUGCUGAUGUGCUAAGACUUGCCUCACCUCACACAAAGGCUAUUUUGGUAUAUCCUAGACCUGCUGCUUCCUUUUUUUUCCCCCUAAUCAUUACUAAGGCAAAGGUGCUGUGACAUCAGUUCUGUUACACUUCGGAAACUCCAAGCACUUGCCUUGAAAUCCAUGUGACAGGGCUGGUCACCAGCCCUUAUAAACAGCAACAACUGAGCAUCUCACACCAGAUACCAGAGGAAUCAGCUCCUGCCUCUGCAGCUCAUCUCUCUCCACAAUGAAGGUCUCUGCAGUGUGCCUCUCCAUCAUCCUCCUCGCUGCCCUCUUUCCCCAGGCUCCUGCUGCUCCCAUUGGGGCUGAUACCACCGUGUGCUGCUUCAGCUACACCCUACGAAAGCUGCCCCAGAGCCAUGUGAAGGAUUAUUUCUACACCAGCAGCAAAUGCUCCCAGCCAGCAGUUGUGUUCAUCACCAGGAAGGACCGGGAGGUGUGUGCCAACCCCGAUGCCAGGUGGGUGAAGGAAUAUGUGAACGCCCUGGAGCUGCAGUGAGAGCUGGGAGCCCAAAGGUCUCUGCCCUGGACAAGUCCUGCAAGACCAAUCCAGCAGAGUCCUUUCAGAGACCUACAAAUGCACCUGCUGAGCCACCUUGGGACCCCUGAAGUUCCUUUUGUCUUGCAACUGUGUCACUUAUCCCCGAUGAUUCCAGCACCUUUCUGUGAUGCUGGGGACCUCCUGGCCCUGCAGACACAGCUCACUGGAGCCUGCUGUGUGACAUGUGGCUAAACUGUCCCUUCCUUGCACCUCUGCUGCUAGAAUGGGAGGGAGAUUUUUCUCCCCAGAGCUGUUUGUGGGAAGUGGUGUGCCCAAAGUGAGCAUGAGUGCUGCCUGCCAAGUCAGCUGCCUGGGCUUUGCCAUGGUAUGGUGGAUGCUGUGAUAAGAUUUGUCUCCUCAGGGAUGGAAGUGGUACACUGGUUACUGACAGGAUGCUCUUUGUGGAACCAGAUUGUUCAGCCUUGUUCUCAAAGCUCUGUCUCUUACUAGUGCCAAUGAA